CUUUUCGGCGCUGCCUUACCUUUGAUUUCUUGCAGUCGUCAGCAGAGCACGGGCUGACAUUUUCGGAACUAUUUUCGAGGAAACUUCACUUUGCUGCCUCCCGUGGAAUGUCAAGCUCUUCUAUGAACGGCGCUCGCAAUACAUCAUCUCGAUCUACUCAUGCACAAGCCAUCUUGGGUCCCGAGCUUUGUGAGAGGUUGUCUGAGACGAAAGUUCUACUGGUUGGGGCAGGAGGAAUAGGAUGCGAACUUUUGAAGAAUAUCGUCUUGACUGGCUUCGGCCACAUAACCCUCCUUGACCUAGACACCAUAGACCUUUCGAACCUGAAUAGGCAAUUUCUUUUCAAAAAGAAAGAUAUCAAACAUAGCAAAGCUAUGGUAGCAGCCCAAACUGCUGGCGCUUUCAACCCCAACGUCAACAUUCAUCCCAUUCAUGCAAACAUAAAAGAAGCACAGUUUGACAUCGAAUGGUUUAGUCGUUUUGACAUCGUCCUAAACGCACUAGACAAUCUCGAUGCGCGAAGACAUGUUAAUAAGAUGUGCAUGGCUGCUGGUGUUCCUCUGGUCGAGUCUGGCACUGCCGGAUACCUUGGUCAAGUACAGCCUUUGCUCAAGGAUCGCACAGAAUGCUUUGACUGUGUGCCGAAGCCUACUCCGACGACUUUCCCGGUGUGCACGAUCCGGUCUACACCGUCUCAACCCAUUCACUGCAUUGUCUGGGCGAAGAGCUACCUGCUACCGCAACUAUUUGGUGAGGACGAAGAUGGGACAGACGAACUUGACGAAGCGGAGAAGCAAGGAGAAAACGCCGAAGAAAUUGCCGCUCUGCGCAAAGAGGCACUCGCAUAUAAAGCAGUUCGAAGCGCACUGCGCUCCGCGCAGACGACGGAGGAUGUGGCUCAACGUGUCUUCAAGAAGGUUUUCCACUCGGAUAUCCUCAAUCUGCUAUCGAUGUCUGACAUGUGGCGUGCACGUGCGGCACCGACGCCUCUUGAUUUCAACGCUAUUCAGGAAGGUACAUUUUUCAUACAACGACCCUCCAACUCGAGUACAGCUACCGGGAGUGCGCAGACCAUUCACUUCCAGCCAGCGAAUGGCCACGUGAACGGCAAGACACCUUCGACGUCUAGUUCGUCGAACGGAGUUUCGGGACUAAGGGAUCAACGAGCACUCAGUUUGCACGACACCUUGGAGCUUUUCAUAUCAAGUACGAAUCGACUUGCCGAGCGGCUUCGCAAAGGUGAAGACACCAUUUCCUUCGACAAAGAUGACGACGAUACGCUCGAUUUCGUUACCGCUGCUGCAAAUCUUCGUUCUGCUGCAUACUACAUCGAUCGCAAGACACGUUGGGAGAUAAAAGAAAUGGCAGGAAAUAUCAUUCCCGCAAUUGCGACCACCAACGCCAUCAUUUCCGGCCUUAUAGUUUUGCAAGCAGUCCACCUCCUUCGCAAAUCAUAUGCGCAACUGCGCAAUGUCCACGUGCAGUUCAAACCAACCAAUCCUCUUAGCACAAGCACUAUGUGCCCACCGAAUCCUAAAUGCGGCGUCUGCCGAGACACCUACACCACAGUUCUGUGCGACCCUGCUCGUGUAACACUAAGUGAACUUGUAGAUGGUGUACUGGGCAGUGACAAAAGGGAGGUCAGCGUCUACGAGGACAAGCGCAUCCUCAGUGAUCCCGACUGGGACGAUAAUCUUGAACGGACACUAGAGAGCUUGAAUGUUGGAAGAGGCAAGUUCUUGACAAUCGUGGAUGAGGAUGAAAAGUGGGGAACAAUUGUAGUUGCGUUGAGCAUACUACCACCUAAUCAUCUAUCUGAUGGCCCAGCGUACAUACUUCCAUCACCACUACCAUCGCCUCCCCGUCUAGAGAAGCAGCAGUCAACACCCCCUCCCGCCCCAUCUCGCAAACGGUCCGCCCCAGAUGACGAAAUUGUGGAAGUCGGGCCAUUUGCCAAACGCGCAAAGACGGAUAUAAAUGGCGCACCAUCAAUACCGGAUAUCGCGAGUCCGAACAAGAGGAGGAGGUUAGAGGAGGACGGGCUACUGAUGUUGAGCAGCAAGGAUGACAAGAUAGAGGACGACGUGAUUGAAAUUGAUUGAGACUCUUACCCUGUUUGUUCGUUCUGCCUAUGUUAUUGGAUGUUUUAAGUGCCUCAGUUGCAGACAUCGAGUGGGCAUAGUAUUACUCAGAGAUGCAACGUUACUGGCGGGCGGUAUGGCAGCUCGAAUGAUCAUUGUCAACUACAGUGUGCGCACAUGCACACGGAGUGGUAAUCUCCAGCUGUUUUGACUUUUCUCGUCUUAGGUUCACGUCAAAAUGCUACUUUAAUAAUUUGCACAUUAGUACGGUAUCCGGUGUGCGAUACGCAACAAUUAAUAUUACAGUUCCUUACGUACUGAGCGUAACAACAAUUGAGUGCAUGACACAACAUAUCAAAGUGUGCAACACUGUCUACAAGUCUUGUGUUGUAUCACAGCAGGAAGAAUUUGGUCAGGGUAAAGUAGAUGGCACUGGUAAACCUGAGGACACAAGAGAUUAGACGGCAAC